AUGAGGUGAAAUUCUCGAAAAAAUAUCAAGGAGAUAAAGAUUCACCUGCAUGGGAUUUUCGCAUUGUAAUUGCAGGGGCUAGUAACUCAGACCCACGCAAAGCUGCAAAAAUCAUCGAUGGCUACCUGAGGCAAAAGGAAUUUAUAGUUAUUAGCGUGAAUAAACCCAGAUCUGAAUCUUUUUCACUUCGAUGGGAUACUCAUCUUGAUCUAGAAAAGGAAAUCGAGGGAUUGAAAGAUAAUAAACAUUCUGCCUAA